CAGCUGAGCGCGCUUGUGUUUCUGUCUGAAGAAUUUGCGAAUCGCGGCUUUGUUUUUUGGUUUUUUUCUACAAAUAUUACUAAAACUACUGAAAUAAGAAACAUGAAGGAAUGUCCAUAUGGCGAGAAGUGCUACAGAAAGAAUCCCAUACACUUUGGCGAGUUUUCCCAUGCGCACUUGGAUGCCAUUUACGAGAAAGGAAAUGGAGGCGGGGACUAUGAUAUACCUGACAAGUACUCAUCAGAACUGAUUCACACACAGUUGAAGCUACUGGAGAAGGUCUUACCAAAGCCUGCGGCCGCCAAAGCCAAGGAAUCUGCAACCGCUGCUGUCCCUGAAGCAUCUAGAAAUGCUCCAACUACGAGUGCCACUGCCUCAUCUAGCUCUUCAUCGAGCACGUCCAACAGUCACGCAAGUACUUCAAGGGACAGCUCGAAUUUGGCCAAAAAACAAAAGCUGGCAGAGCGCAACAUCCGAGAUUACAUUCCCGUGGUGGUGGAAAAGGGAGGAAUGGCCAAGAAGCUGGAGCGUGCCGCUCCCUACAACAUGUUUCUCACGGCCAUCACAGACUCGAAGCCCACGCACCAGGAGCCGCUGACCGUGACGCUCCAGGAGAUACUCGACGAAAGCCUGGGCGAGAUCGAGAGCAGCGUCCAAAUCAACUUUAUGGUGGACAUUGGCUGGCUCCUGGGACACUAUUACUUUGCUGGGAUACUGGACAAACCCCUGCUGGUUCUGUAUGGCGACGAGUCGCCGGAACUUUUGGGUAUUGGAAAAUUCAAGCCCCAGGUGACGGCCAUUGGUGUGAAGAUGCCCACACCCUUUGCCACAUCGCAUACCAAGAUGAUGCUGCUCGGCUAUGCCGAUGGCUCGAUGCGAGUGGUGAUAUCCACGGCAAAUCUCUACGAGGACGAUUGGCAUAAUCGCACGCAGGGCCUGUGGAUAAGUCCGCUUUUGCCAGCGAUGUCCGAGGAUGCAGACACGGCCGCUGGUGAAAGUCUGACGGGUUUCAGGCAGGAUCUCAUGCUGUAUCUGGUGGAGUACAAAAUCAGCCAAUUGCAGCCAUGGAUAGCGCGCAUUCGGAAGAGCGAUUUCAGUGCCAUCAAUGUCUUCUUUGUGGGCUCUGUGCCUGGUGGACAUCGCGAGGGCUCGGUGCGUGGCCAUCCCUGGGGCCACGCGCGUCUGGGCUCGCUGCUGGCCAAGCACGCGGCACCCAUUGAAGAUCGCAUUCCCGUCGUCUGCCAGAGCUCUAGCAUUGGUAGCCUCGGCGCAAAUGUGCAGGCUUGGAUACAGCAGGACUUUGUCAACAGUCUGCGCAAGGACUCCUCUCCCGGUGGCAAGCUCCGCCAGAUGCCGCCCUUCAAGAUGAUUUAUCCGAGCUUCAACAACGUCUCCGGCAGUCACGAUGGCAUGAUCGGGGGCGGCUGCCUGCCGUAUGGCAAGAACACGAACGACAAGCAGCCAUGGCUCAAGGGUCAUCUGCAGCAGUGGAAAUCCACCGAUCGUCAUCGCUCGCGGGCCAUGCCCCACAUCAAGAGCUAUACGCGUUAUAAUCUGACCGAUCAGUCGGUCUACUGGUUCGUGCUGACCUCGGCAAAUCUCUCGAAGGCGGCCUGGGGCUCCUUCAACAAGAAUGCGAGUCUACAGCCAUGCCUACGAAUUGCUAAUUACGAGGCGGGUGUGCUUUUCCUUCCCAGAUUUGUGACUGGCGAGGAUACGUUUCCUUUGGGUAAUAAUCGUGAUGGAGUGCCAGCAUUUCCACUGCCUUAUGAUGUUCCCCUCACACCUUACCUGCCCGAUGAUAAACCAUUUUUAAUGGAUUACCUACAAGGUUAAGGUUUACUGCAUUUGUGAUCUACCAGUGAAAUUGGUUGUUUCAUUCUUAAGAA